AUAUCUAUUGUAUAACUUUUUGAUUAGACUGCUUUUAUUUAAUCCCGUACUUGUCAACUGUCAGUUUGUAGUUUCUUAGUGGAGCUCGAACUUGAAUAAAUGUUUAAAUAUUCUUUCAAACGUCACAUUAUGCUAUUGUGACAAAAAAUUAUUGUUUUACAUAAGAACUUCUUAGUCAAUUAAGUAUAAAUUCGAUAAGAAAUUUUCUAAUAUUUAUAUUAAUUUGGUAAUGAGAUUGAUUAAAAAAUAAUUAAGUAUUUAAGUGGUUAAUUAACAGCAGUCAAAAUUGUAAGAGUGAUAAAAAAUAUAAAUGUAAGAUAAAUUUAUUUAUCUUUUACCUACUUUUCACGAUCACAAAUUAUCAACGAUAACUCUAUUAAUUUAGUUCAUUAGUAUCAAUGGCAUCUUUCUGUCAAGUUUCAGAUCUAUUAACAUGUCGUCACGUUUUAAACAUAAUGGUUAUCUCAGGAUUUAUGCUAAACUACAUGAUGAGAGUGAAUUUAAUCAUUUCUAUAGUGUCAAUGGUCGUUCCUAGUAAUUCAUCAUCUAACUCAUCCUAUAUAAGCCACGAGUGUUCUGAUCCUUCACAAACUAUCAAUACCGGUCACAUUGAUAUUUAUCAAUUGUCUUCAAAUAACACUGACAAUAUUUUUAAUAGUUCAAAAGUACAAGUAGAACGUCCUCAAACAAGGUAUGAAUGGGAUGAAUACGAAGUCAAUUUUGUUCUUGGUACUUUCUUCUGGGGCUACUUGUGUACAGAAGUACCAGGUGGCCGAUUAGCUGAAGUAAUUGGAGCAAAAAAAGUACUUGGAAUUGCUAUGUUUACCACCAGUAUAAUUUCACUGCUCACACCUUUCGCAGCUUCUCUUGGAUACCAAGUUGUAGCUGCACUUCGAGUAGUAGUUGGUUUUAUGUUGGGUGCAUCUUGGCCUGCUCUUUUCCCUUUAGCAGCUCAAUGGAUUCCUCCCACAGAGCGUAGCAAGUUUAUGUCUCAUACGAUGGCUUCUACGUUGGGUGCUGCUGUCAUGAUGCAAAUUGGUGGUUUUUUAAUAGCUAAUUUGGGAUGGGAGUCUGUCUUUUAUUUUACUGGAGGAAUAAGUUGUGUCUGGAGCAUUAUAUGGUUUUCAGUUGUAUAUGACUCACCAGCUCAACAUCCAAGAAUAUCAAUAGAAGAGAGGAGAUACAUUGAAGAAGCUAUUGGAAAUGCUUCUUCUCAUAAUAAAAAAAAGAUUCAUGCUGUUCCUUGGAAAUCUAUUUUCACGUCAAAACCCGUCUGGGCAAUAAUUUUAUAUGGAACUGCAAAUGCAUUUUCGUUCUUCACUAUAUUAACCCAGCUCCCGACAUAUAUGAAGUAUAUUUUGGACUAUAGAAUUCAGGAGAACGGCAUUUUGUCUUCUUUACCUUACAUUGGACAAUAUUUUGUUGGCUUAUCUUCAGCAAUAAUUGCUGAUCAUCUUUAUCAUCACAAUAAACUUUCAGUCACUGCAAUUCGUAAAAUAUUUAAUGCAAUUGGAGGCCUAGCACCAGGCAUCUGUAUGAUAUCCUUAGCUUUAUUUGGUUGCAAUAGAAAUAUAGCCGUCACAGCUUUCACUUUAGCGUUAACAUGUAAUGGAGCCAUUGGAGGUGGUUUCUUUGGAAACGCUCUAGAUAUUGCUCCAAACUUUUCCGGAACCAUUUUCGGUAUUGCAAAUACUCUUAGCUCUCUUGGUGGUUAUCUUAGCAGUGUUAUGGUUGGUUGUUUGACUUAUAACAAUCAAACAUAUAAACAAUGGCAAAUUGUAUUUUGGGUUCUUGCUGGGAUGUACAUAUUUCAAUCUGUAAUUUUCCUUCUGCUUGGAUCUGGAGUAUUACAACCAUGGAAUAAUCCUGAUAAUAACUAUCUUAAAAGAAAAAUAGAACCCAAUGAUAUGAAGGAUGAAGAAGAAGGUAUAUCUUUGAAUAAAGUGAAUGAACUAUAUCUAUUAACAUGUCGUCAUGUAUUGAACAUCAUGAUCAUCCUGGGAUUUAUAUGUAAUUAUAUUUUAAGAGUAAAUUUAACAAUCGCUAUAGUUGCAAUGGUUGUUCCACGAAAUUCUACAUCUACUAACUUAACUUAUGUUAGUGAUGAAUAUUCUGAAACAUUAUCUGCUAUUAAUUCUACAGCUACAAAUACCUCACAAUCAAGUCUAAUUAUUGAAUUCAAUUAUAAUGAUAAUGAUAGUUAUUCCUCUGACCUAAAAUUAGAACACAAACGUUUACAAACGAGAUACAACUGGGAUGAAUAUGAAGUUAAUUUAAUUCUCGGUGCUUUCUUCUGGGGAUACAUAUGCACAGAGUUACCAGGUGGUCGUUUGGCUGAAAUAGUUGGAGCUAAGAGAGUAUUUGGAUACUCUAUGCUUUCAUCUAGUAUUAUUACACUUCUCACACCUUUAGCAGCUUCCUUUGGAUAUGCAGCUAUGGCUGCUCUUCGAAUAGCUUUAGGAUUAAUGCUAGGUGCAACAUGGCCAGCAUUAUAUCCUUUGAUAUCGCUCUGGAUUCCACCUACAGAACGUAGUAAAUUCGUAGCUAAUACGUUGGCGGCUACACUUGGUGCUGCGUUUAUAAUGCAGGUUGGAGGGUAUCUCAUAGAGUUUCUAGGCUGGGAAUCAGUUUUUUAUUUUACUGGAGGUAUCAGUUGUGCCUGGAGUAUUAUCUGGUUUAUGGUUGUGUAUGAUUCUCCAGCCCAACAUCCAAGAAUAUCAGUUGAAGAAAGAAAAAAGAUUGAAGAUGCUAUUGGACCAACUUCAUUAACCAAGACAUUUAAAGUUCCAUGGAAAUCUAUUUUGACAUCAAAACCAGUAUGGGCGAUAAUUAUUUAUGGUGCUUGCACUGAUUUUGGAUUUUUUACGAUUUUAACUCAGUUACCAACAUAUAUGAAAUACAUUUUAAACUAUGAAAUCAAAGAAAAUGGUCUUCUUUGCUCCUUACUUUUUAUAGGACAAUAUUUUUUCGGUCUUCUGUCAGCUAUAAUUGCUGAUUAUUUGCACCGAAAACGAAUAUGCUCAGUAACAACUAUUCGCAAAGUAUUCAAUACUAUAGCCAGUAUUAUACCAGGAUUGUGUAUGAUUAUUCUUGCGAAAUUUGGUUGUGAUCGAGUUAUUGCUGUUACUGUUUUUACCAUAGCAUCAACAACGAAUGGAGCAGUAACAGCUGGAUUUCUGGGAAAUAGCUUAGACAUUGCUCCGAACUUUUCUGGAACUAUUUAUGGUUUAGUGAAUACUGCUUGCUCUCUCGCUGGUUAUCUCAGUAGUCUUAUGGUGGGUUCAUUAACUUUAAACAAUCAAACUUAUGGCCAAUGGCAAAUUAUUUUUUGGAUUCUUGCUGGUCUUUAUGUAUUUGAAGCUGUUGUAUUCCUUAUUCUUGGAUCCGGGGAAGUACAAGAAUGGAAUUACUGCAAUGAUAAUCUUUCAAAGAAAAAAAUAAAACUUAAUAAAAUAAACAAUCAAGAAGAAGCUGUACCAUUAAAAAAUGAUAUAUGAAUUUGAAUAACCUAGA